AUGUCUUUAGCAGAUGUGAAGGACGGUGGGUUGCCGGCCAAGCCGGACAGGCCGGAAACUUAUAUCAGUCCCUCCCAGCGGAAGCUUUAUGAUUCUGCAGUGACCUUUGAGGAAUACGUGCACUACGCCAAUCGCACCAGGGAAGAGGAGAAAGCUCAGCAAAACAUCCCCGAUGGAGGGAUCAUGCAGCAGGUUUUCAGGAGGAAGAGCUCUGUGGCGGCAGCGGCAGGAGUGCCCGUUGACAACAGUGUCGAUGCCGCGGAAAAGGAGAAGGCGGAAAAGGCUGUGACCCCUGGGGCAAAUGGGCACGACAGUCAGGAAAAUGAGCAGCCUCGCCGCCGAAGUAUCUUUUCCAGACACAGCGUGGUCUCUGAGGAAGAAUGGCGAAAUGCCUCCCGGGCGUUGAGGACCGCCAGUUGGGGAGCCGGCUUCUACCUCAUCACGACAGAUAUCCUGGGCCCCUACGGUGUCGGAUUUGCCCUGGGGACCCUCGGCUGGGGUCCCGGCGUUGCUCUCUACACGGUCUUCGCCUUCAUGGCCGGGUAUUCUGGCUACCUUCUCUGGCAAGUCUAUCUCGGCCUCGACUCGUACGAAUAUCCUCUCCGGAACUACGUCAUCAUCCAGAACGGGCAGGGCAUUUCGCAGACGUCCAAGUUCCGGCUCUGCUACGUCGUCUGCGUCGUCCUGUUUGUCAUCGCGGGCUUCUUCAUAGGCCAGGUUCGGACGCUGCGAAACUUCGGCGUCUUCUCCAUGGUCGCCGUCGGCCUCAACCUGUUGGUCAUCUUCAUCUCCAUGGGCGUCAUGGCGCACUCGCCGCCCAACUAUGCCAUCAGUGUGCUCGGCUCCGCGGGCUCGGCCGUCAACGCCACGACCAUCACACCGGACAAGAAUGGCGUCUACCCAGCCAUCAUGCACUAUGGCGGUCUCCCCGACUCGAGCAACUUCGUCGGUGCCAUCAACGGCCUCAUGAGCGGUGUCUUUGCGUACGGCGGGGCACAGCUUUUUGUCGAGAUCAUGGCCGAGAUGCGUCGGCCUUGGGACUUCAUUAAAGCCAUGUGGUCGGCACAAUUCUUCAUCUAUUCCGUCUACCUCAUCUACGGCUGCUAUGUCUACCACUACCAAGGCCAGUACAGUUUCACCAUCGCCUACAUGGGUCUUUCGCCCUACGGAUUUCAGGCCGCCUGUGAUAUGCUGGUCGUGGUGUCGGGGUUGAUUGCGGCGGGAUUGUACGGGAAUAUUGGAAUCAAGGUGCUUUACAAUCAAGUGCUACAGGAGUUGUUCCAUGCGCCGCCCUUGACGUCCAAGCCCGGGAAAUAUCUCUUUAGUGCGAUUGUGCCAGUUUACUGGUCGGUGGCUUUUAUCGUUGCAGCUGCUAUCCCGGAUUACUUUGGGUUUGUCUCCGUCAUUGCAGCGUUCUGUAUUGUACAGUUCAGCUACUCUUUCCCACCCAUCAUCCACCUUGCCUACACCAUGCAGAGGAACUCGAUGAGGCCCGGCGAAGGCUUCAACGAGCACACCGGCCAGACCACCCGCAGUGAUCAUGGUAUCAAGAGGUUGAUUAAAGGAUUCUUCGCGGACAGAUGGUACAUCAACGUGUGGCACAUUAUUCAUGCGGGUGGUGCGUUGGCGACGGCUGGACUGGGUGCGUACGCGGCCAUUGAGGGCAUGAUCGAUGCAUUCAAGAACCCUCAGAUCAACUCUUUUACCUGCAAGAGCCCGCUGGAUUUGUCGGCUGCCUGA